AUACGAAUCUCCUCAUUAAAUCGCUUCGGGUGAAACUUUGUCCGUGGCAUGAGCUACAUUCUCCGUUAUUAUUAAUUAUAGGCUAUCGUUUGUGCAUGAUAAUGCGGAGUAAUUCCGAUGGUCGACAGAAGAAAGAAGACGAGUUUUGAAGGCGAAACAGGAAGUUGUUUUUUGCUAUCGCUCCGCACUAACGUGUGCUCGACAACAACAGAUGGAAAGAGAAGCUGCGGGCUAAUUUAACUAGUUGUAGAAGUGCGAAACAUAACGGAGCUGUACGGUUGAGCGUUGCUGUUGGGAUUAGCUAGCCUGUAAGGCUAGUGAAGCACACUGAAGACACCAUUCACUUCAAAGACAUAAUUGAUCUUGCCAACGUUCAUAUCGUCAACGAGACCAUGGACAGGUUGUCAAGUCGUUAAGGACUCGCCGAUGUGUGCUGGAUUGACGGUCGUGUGUCCAGUAUGAGCUCAGCAGCUGGAGACGCGGAGCCUGGGACCCCCCUGGAUCAUUCAAAGGAAGAAAUCAGUGGUGCUGCCUGCACAGGUGAAAACAGCAAACAUGAGUCGGCCACUGAAAUUAAGAGCCGUGCCGUGGUCAAGUACUCUGCUGCCCCACCUCCUACCAGCUAUGCCCUGCUGCAGGAGAAGACAGACCUGAAGCUGCCUCCUGCCAACUGGCUGAGAGAAAACCCUCAGCUGGGCAGUGCAGGCACCACCAUAUUAGGGUCCAGCAGCAAGAGCAAGCCUUUUUCUAGUUUUGGGAUGGCCUACGACUUCAUUGAUUGCAUCGGGGACGACGUCGACGUGGUGUCGGACUCAGAGAACAUCAAGAAGCUUUUGAAAAUUCCCUACAGCAAGUCCCAGGUCAGUAUGGCCGUUCACCGCGUAGGGAGAACCCUGCUUUUGGAUGAGCUGGACGUUCAGGAGCUCUUCAUGAGGUCUUCUCAGACGGGGGAUUGGACGUGGCUGAAAGAGUUUUACCAGCGGCUAAUAGAUCAGAAGUGGCAGAGGAAAAAGAAGAGUAAAGAGCAAUGGUAUCAGAGAGCAAUCCUGUCAAAGUUCCUCUACUACAGUAUAAAUGGUGAUGGUGCUGCGGAGCCUGUACCAGACAACCUGAAUGAAGGUGAGGAGACUGGGGAGGAAGAGUUCAGUUCGUCUUGGCCCACCUCCUUCACCAGCGCUCCGCCUGAUGCAGAGGAAUCAGAUGCUCCCAAGCAGGAAAGAGUUUCUUUGGACAGCAAAUUCGCUCUUGGCCAGGUGACGUCUGUACCCAAAGAGCAAAACCUCCCAACACUGUUCAACGAAGGGGAAAACAGUCAGGGUCUAAGAAACGACUUUGUGCGAAACAUCAUGUGGACGUUCGAGGAUAUCCACAUGUUGGUCGGAUCCAACAUGCCUAUUUUCGGAGGUGGUCGCUAUCCUGCCGUCAGUCUCAGACUCAGGGACAACAAUAAACCAAUCAACAUUCUGACAGGUAUCGACUACUGGCUCGACAAUCUCAUGUGCAAUGUCCCAGAGCUGGUCAUGUGCUUUCACGUUAAUGGCAUUGUUCAGAAAUACGAGAUGAUAAAAACAGAGGACAUACCUCAUCUGGAGAACUCCACUUUCUCCACAAGGGUGGUGAAAGACAUCGCCCAAAAUAUCCUUUCCUUCCUGAAGUCCAACUGCACCAAAGAGGGCCACACCUAUUGGCUUUUCAAAGCGAGUGGGAGUGACAUUGUGAAGCUUUAUGAUCUUACCACUCUGUGCGAGGAGGCUGAAGAAGAGAAAUAUCAGAAUCCCUUCACUCUUCCUGUAGCUUUGUUACUGUACAAAGUGGCUAGCAACUUAAUGCUGAAGGCGAGGCAAAACAGAAAGCACUAUGGCACAAUCAGAACUCUGCUCUUAAACUGCGUCAAACUUCUGGAUCAGGAGAGGCAUCCACAGAUCAUCGCCUCAGCCCACUACAUGCUGUCGGAGCUGUUCCAGCUUGACGAGCCCCCCGAGGACGGAGGGGAGUCGCUCCGCGCCGGCGGCUCCGAGGACAGCUACAGCGAUGAAGACAGGGAAGAAGACGAGGAGGCGGAGCUGACGGAGCUGACUGAGGACAGCGACGAGAACGGCUCCUACAGCAACCGGACGACACAGGACGACAGCAAAGCUGUGGCGGUCAUCCGCUCUGUGGGGGAGCUGUCUGUGCCAGAGAAAUACAAAUCCACUCACCAGAUCAGACCAAGUGGUGUUUUCCCAGUUUCUCAUGACAAGGAGGAGAGAUGCAGACACGUCCUCAGCUACGUACUAAAGGGCCUGAAGGCGGUUGACGGCAGCAUUAAGAAGGAGAGUGAUCUCCCAGCUGCAGACCCCAACACACCGAUCCCUCUCAAAUAUGAGGACAGAGACGCUAUUGGAGCCUGCGCUUCUGAGAAAGGCAUCUCUCUUCUUCUUGAAAGAGCGGGGCCCGUGCAGACCGACCAGAAGCUCCCUACGCGCUCAGGGAUGAUCCCCGGCUCGUGGCAGCACCACAUGAAGCUGCAGCUCUUCCUCAAAGCCUCCAAGGCCUACUACGUCCUGUCUGAUGCAGCCACCAACUUAAUGAAAUACGGGCGAGCUCUGCGCUACAUCAAGCUAUCUCUGCAGUGUCAUGAUGCCUAUUGCUCAGUGAGCGGUACACUUCACUCGCAGGUGCUGCAGUUUCACAGCCAGUGCCUGUCUCUUUGUGGGGACAUCCAGCUAAUGUUGGCCCAGAAUGCCAGCAACAGGGCGGCUUACCUGGAGGAAUACAGCUACCAGACCAAAGAGGACCAGGAGAUCCUGCACAGCCUGCACAGGGAGAGCAGCUGCCAAGCCUUCAACAUGGCAGCCGACCUGGCCACGGACCCGGAGUACCAGCUGUUUGUCAGCAGCAAGUGCUACGAGGCCGCGUACGAACUGCUCGUGUCUGACGCUUUGAAAGAUCGGGAGUCUGAUCAGCUGGAUCAGGUGCUCAAGCGGCUGGGAAACAUCCGCAACGAGAUGGGAGUGUACUAUAUGAACCAGGCUGCGGCCAUGCAGACCGAGAAAGAAGUAAAGAAGUCUGUGUCCUUGGCAGAGCAGGAGAUGUGGAAAAAAAGCUUUGCCUUCUUUGAGAAAGGCAUGACAGACUUUGAAGCCAUCAGGGACAGCACCAACACAGCCUUGCUGCUGUGUAACACUGGCAGGCUAAUGAGGAUCUGUGCUCAGGCCCACUGCGCCAUCUCUGGCGACCAGAGCAGAGGAGAGUUCUCUCCCGAAGAGGCCCUCUACUAUAACAAGGCCAUAGACUACUACUCAAGAGCUAUGAGGUCACUGGCGAGCCGAGAGAAGCAUCCAGCAGUGUGGGACAGUGUGAACUGGGAGCUGUCAACUACCUAUUUCACCCUGGCCACACUGCUGCAGGACUACGCCCCACUGUCCAGAAAGGCCCAGGAGCAGGUUGAGCGGGAGGUGACUGAAGCGAUGAUGAAAUCCCUCAAAUACUGUGACCUUCAGACUGAGUCGGCUCGUCAGCCGCUCUACCAGUAUAGAGCUGCCACCAUCCACCACCGCCUGGCCUCCAUGUACCACAGCUGCUUCCGCAACCAGGUGGGGGACGAACACUUGAGGAAGCAGCAUAGGAGCCUUGCUGAGCUUCACUACAGCAAGGCUGUGUGUUUGUUCCUCAGCCUCAAAGAUGCUCCCUGUGAGCUGCUCCGCACACUUCUGGAGAGGUUGGCCUUUGCUGAGUUUACAAUGGCAGGUCAGAGUAGCAGCGCGGCGAAGUUGAAGAGCCUGACCGCAGCGCUGGAGAUCAUGACAGAAACUCGCCAUGCUUUCCAGCUGAUUCAGAAGGAGCUGCAGGACGAGCAGAUAGAGCUGAGUGAACCGCAGACUUCUGGAUCAGCACAGUGUCCCGAUGUGGCCAGUGGCCCCACAUCAGGACUGAACCUACAGGAAGUGAUGAAGCUGAUCAGUGUGUUUGAGCCAAGUUUCUCCUUCCUGCUGCUGCAGCUUGUCAAACUGAUGACGACGACGAAACGGAAGCCAAGCAAUAAGGAUGAGGAGCUAUUGAAAACCUAUAAGAAUGUGUACUCCAAGCUGCUUAGAGCGGAAAAAAGUGCACCUCUCCUCGGCCGGGUUGAGCUCUACAUAGAGCUGCUGCAGCAGCUGACCCCGCAAACAGGAAGUGACAUCACAAGUACACAUUCAUGAGGAGGACAUAAACCAUGACAAGGCAGACCCUCAAGACUUUUCCCAACUGAAUUCUGGGGAAUUGUCUUGCUACGAAAAUGCCGUGGCAGGAAACACUGACAUCUGUAUUAACGGGUACGUCCUCAGGCAACAGUGUCCUACUCUGAUGUACGGCUUCAAAGCUAAAUUCACCUCCUGCGCCUUCAAAACGCCUUUUCUAACAUUUGCAUCACAGGUUUUGAAUUGUACAUUUUUGCUGUAAAUUCAAAAGGUAUUAUUCACGUUUCUUAUUGCUUUUGCAGUUGUGAGUCACAUUUAAAGCCCCUCCGUGUAGGAGGAGUCUAACAAUCAUCACCUAGAUUGUCUAAUCUACAAACAAAACAUAUGCCAAUGGGAAAUUUUCAAAGAGGGUCUGAAUACUUGCAUAUAAUAUCUACACACGGGCUUCAAAAGCCUCAGAAAAUUAUUUAAUUUUAAUAUAAUUGAUAGUUUUUUUAUAUUCAGUAAUGCCAAUAAUGCUGUGCAUAAAAUGGAUGGAAGUGCGAUUGAAGGUUGACGAGUUAAAAUAGGCUCAUAGUAAUUAUUUGCUUUCCAAAAGAACAUUGUGCAAUAGUUUGGCAACAUCCAAUGCAAACUCCACAUUGCUGUAUGUAUGCAUGUAUACAUGCGAGUUUAUAUCAACAUGGUUUGCUGUGACAUGAAAAUAAAAGUUUUUUAAAAAAUGUA